AUGAGACCAUCAAUCAGAAAGCUCGCUUCCCAUAUCCAGAGACAGGAGGCGUACAUAGUGGCAGCGAAACGAACGCCGUUCGGGGCGUAUGGAGGAAAAUUGAGAGAUCUCAAAGCUGCUGAACUAGGAGGUAUAGCAGGUAAAGCAGCUUUGGCCCAAUUGCCCGAUAUACAAGUCGAUCAGGUCUUCUUUGGGAACGUCACACAAACAGACAAUUCCACGCCUUAUCUAGCCCGACACGUAGGUCAUCUUUCAGGACUCCCCUCUACAGUCCCUGCUCUUACUUUGAACAGAUUAUGUGGAUCAGGAUUCCAAACGGCCAUCACGGCAGCUCAAACUAUCGCUUUGGGUGAAGCUGAAGUUUGUCUCACUGGAGGAACAGAAGCAAUGUCUAUGAGUCCUUAUACCUUGUCCGGCUCGACGAGGUAUGGGUCGAGAUAUGGAGUGGAUAUGAGGUUGGAAGAUUCUUUAGCGGCGGCUUUGAUUGAUCAAAAUCCUGGAGGGGAGAAGACUCCUAUGGGAAUCACUGCUGAAAACUUGGCAAAGAAGUAUGGUAUCACAAGGGAGGAAUGUGAUGCCUACGCACUCACCUCUCAACAACGCUAUGCCGCCGGACUCGCCUCCGGGGCGUUCACCGCAGAACUGGUCUCUGUCCCUCUCAAAGGCAAAAAAGGUCCUUCCUCUUUGGACAUCGACGAACACCCUCGACCUCAAACCUCUCUCGACUCUCUCGCAUCCUUACCUAGUGUGUUCAUACCCAAAACGGGCGUCGUGACAGCCGGUAAUGCCAGUGGGAUCUGUGAUGGUGCAGCCGCCAACGUGAUUGUCUCCGAGUCGAGUUUGAGCAAAUUUGGGUUGAAACCAAUGGCAAGAAUAGCCAGUUACGCUUGGAGCGCUUGUGAGCCGGAGAUCAUGGGGAUCGGGCCUGUUGUGAGUGUGAGAGAGGCUUUGAAGAAGAUUGGGAAAGGGGUGAGAGACAUGGAUCUGAUUGAAGUGAACGAGGCUUUCGCAGCUCAAUGGCUAGCCGUUCAAAGGGAGUUGGAAUUACCUACGGAGAAGACCAACAUGUUUGGAGGUGCUAUAGCUCUUGGACAUCCAUUGGGCGCAUCAGGCGCAAGAAUACUUGCCAAUCUGACUCACAAUCUCCAUCGUUUGAACAAACAAUGGGCUUUAGGUGCGGCUUGUAUCGGUGGAGGUCAAGGAAUUGCAGUAGUCUUGGAACGAUGUUGA